AUGGCCAAUGUGGCACAGCAGAAUGACUCAUUCAGCAGAUUGGCAGUUUGUGAGCUCUCCGACAUUGGAGGACUGAAGGGCCUCUCCAUCUUGAAGCCAGGCAACCUAAUGAGUGGACUCAAAAAGCUCUUGAAAAGCGCCCGAGAAGAGUUACAAGGCAAGAACUACGAGGCCGCGAAGGAAUAUUGCGUCCAGAUCUUGGACGAGGACGAGACAAAUUACAAUGCUCUCGUCUUCUUGGGGCUCGCUGAACAAAACUUGAGAAACGUUGCUGAAAGCGAAAGAGCAUAUCAGAAGGCAGCAAAGCUUGCUCCUUCAAAUCCUCUUGCUUGGCAGGGACUUGUCAACCUUUAUGGUGAGACGGAUAAUAAUUCGCGGCUAGCAGAGGCGUUGGAUGCGUUGAGAAGAUUGUAUUUGGAGAGUAAAGAAGGACAGAAAUGUCUUGAAACAACAAAUAAGCUCAUCGACCUUUUCGAGCGUACGAAUCAGAGAUUGAAGGCUAUUGCCGUGCUGAAAAGCCUUGCUCCGGGAACAGAAUACAACGAUCUCUGCGCGAACCUUGACCUUCCCUCCCCGUUAGUACUAUGGCAGCGCAUUGCAGAUCUGCAGGAGCAGCAUGAUACCGAAUUGCGAAGUAAGGAAGUGGAAACGCGACGACGCCGAUUAGGUGCGGAUAGCUUAGAAGUCAUCAGGGAGAAUGUGGACAAGGAGGUCAUCAUUACAUCGCAGCUCGAAGAGAUCUAUGAUAUACUCCUCGAUAUUGCGAAGCAGCACACUGAGGAAAACCAGGUUUAUUUGGAAAUAGGACAGAGAUUUGUCGAGUUUAUGUCCAAAAAGCUUCCAUAUGUGGCAUCAGAAGAGAAGGGCAAGUUGCAUGCCAAAAUGCUCUCCCUUGCCCGCGCCAUAAUCGACCAAGGAUCUCGAGCCCCUCUUUCAUUCGAGACUAUUAUCGACAGCCAGGAUGUUGCCGUAGCCGACUAUGACGUGGGAUUCUUUAACUUGAUUCGAAAUGAGCUCGGCGAUUCCUAUCUUGUACGAUUGGCGAGUGGCUAUUUAGCGUGGCGAGCGUCAACGGAUAAUGUCGAUCCUCUAAAUGAUCUUCUACAAGGGCUGCAGGAGAACCCAUCCUCUUUUUUCGGCUAUCGAGUACUCGGGGAGGUGUACGUGGAUCGUCGUGAUUACGACGCUGCGGUGGAAUGUCUGAACAAAGCUCAAGAACUCUAUACACAAAUCACGGAGCGGACCACGCAGAAUCUUACAAACGUUGCUGUGUCACUAGAAUUGUCGUUAGCUCGCGCGUAUCUACUGCUGGGGAGUAAAACUUUACCGAAUGCUUUGAAGCUUUACAAGGGCAUUCUGCAACGAAGUUCCAAUAACAUAAUGGGACUACAGGGCUUGGGGAUGACUCUUAGUGCAAUGCAAAAAUUUGACGAGGCACAACGAUGCUUCGAGAAAGUACUGCAACUGGAUAACGAAAAUGACACUGCCAAGGCGGAACUGGGAUGGAUAUACUACCAAAAGGGAAACUAUAUUGAAGCUUUACGCCUUCUUCGUGAGGCCAUUGGCAAACGAGAGGAUGCUGUGCAUCUGUGUUGGCUGGGUAAAGUUUAUUGGGCAAUGGGCGAUGUGUAUCGCACUGAUAAGCAGUUUGCACAUGCAAAUUGGCUGGGUGCUGCCAAGCGUGACCCAAACUAUGCCCCGGCUUUUGCAUGUCUUGGUCAGUUCUAUGCCGAAAUUGAGCAAGAUCGCGUUCGCGCAGUGCGGUGUUAUACGCGAGCAGUUGCAUUGGAUGCAGGCAAUGAACAAGCGGCCAAAGCAUUAAGCCGAAUGCUUCUUGAAGAUGGGCAGUCAACUUCCGCCAAGGGCGUUCUAAACGCAUUUGUGUCGAAAGCACAGCGUGCCGCGUGGGCCUACAAACAGCUCGGUUUUAUUGCCUUGGCAAAUAAGGAGCACAUUGAGGCAAUGGGGCACUUUCAGACUGCCCUUCGAAUCAACUCUAAGGAUACGCACUGCUGGGAGGGUUUGGGAGAGGCCUAUAUGACGGAUGGAAAGUACAUGGCUGCAUUGAAGGCGUUCGGUCGAGGCCUCGAAUUAGAAGCAGGUUCGGUCAGCUUGAAUUACCAAGUGGCUGCACUGAAACAACAGCUUGGGCUGUACGGUGAAGCUGUGCAAGCCUACCGUCAAAGUCUAGACUUGAUUGCUGCUACCAACCGUGAAAGCAUGAGAGCACAUAUCCCUACCCUCAAGGGACUCUGUGAAAGUCUGCUUCUGGAGGCGCGGCAAAGCUUUGAGGGUGGCGCUCAUGGACUGUGUGCACAGCUAUUGGGCGAGGCUCUCGAAACAACAUUGAAUGCAAUGAAAACAACGCAGCUGCAUUCGCUUGCCAAAAUACUUGGCGACACGAGUCUAGCGUACAAGUUACUCAUUCCAGCAUAUGCAAAGAAGGCUUCCGUUCAGGUUGUACGAGACGCGAUUGACUACCUGGAAGCGAGCCUUUCUGCGUCUGGACAAAGCAAUGUCGCAGACGGGGAUAGUACGGAAGGCGUAGAUCUCCUCUUGCGCUGCGCCACCGCAGCGUAUAAACUGGCUAUCCAACUUUGCGCACGGAAAGGCUCCAAGGAAGCUCUUGACCUUAGCGCAGGGUACUGGCAUGACCUGGCUUUGACAUAUUUCUAUCGCCACCAUGAGCUGUUUGCGAAAGAUCCCGAAGGAGCCCGACGAGAGAGGUUUUCUUCCUAUGCAGUCGCAUGUGAGAAGAAAGCAAUUAAGAAGCACCCCUUGAAUGAUGCCUACUGGAAUGCAUUAGGAGUGUACACACUUUUGGAGGAUGCACGUGUUAGUCAACAUGCAUUGAUAAAAGCUCUUGAGAGCAACGCCGAGAAUCCUGCGUCAUGGGCCAAUCUUGGCUUAUUGUAUUUGCUUCAAGAAGACCUUGACCUGGCACGACAGGCGUUCUCCAGGGUUCAAUUUGCAGACCCGGAAUGGCCUAUGGGCUGGUUUGGACUAGCAAUCAUUGCGGAACGCGCCGGCAAGGAUGCGCUUGAGUUCUUCGAGCAGGCUUACGAGUUAGGUGGCACUGCUGUGUUAGAGGUCAACUACAUAUACGCAAACUAUAUAUAUCGCCAUGCCACAAGGCAUCGCCGUCGGGAUUCCGCAUCAUACAGUACAGCCACGCUUUGUCUGCUCAAGAUCACGCAACAGCGACCCGAUGACUGGGGUCCACUUAACCUCCUUGGACUGGUGCUAGAGAGACAAGGCAUUUACUCCAAGGCCCUCGAUGCCUUUGAUGACGCUAUGCGGGCGCUUCAAAGCUCAAACAUAGCGCGUCUGCCAGCUGACGAACGCAAGACAUCCCUACGGCUCAUCACGGAAAAUCGGGCUCGUGUGUUAUGUUCAAUGGGGCGCUUUUCCGAUUCGACAGCUGCCUACAGCGAAGUAUUGAAUACAGCUGUUGGUGACGUCUAUACGCAGAUUGGAAACGGCUUGGCGCUGUCCUUUGAAGAACGACUACCGGCAAGCCUGGAAUCGUUUGAGAAGGCGUUCCAAAUUGCGGCUGACGCAACCGGCGAGGAUGGGACGACAACCUUGCCGAACGAUGUAACGCUGAUUCUGAGCCAAGUCCUCUACGCACUGGGUAGCGAGCAGCACCAGGAACUGGCCAAGCAGCAACUUCUAUCCUGUGUCGCUCGAGACCCUCGUAACAUGAAGGCCCUGAUUGGACUCUGUGCAUUUGGGUUGAUUCGGCAAGACUUCGCUCUAGCGCAAAGCGCUGCGGCCGAGAUUAUCAAGAUCCCACCAGAUGGGCUUGGGGAAUUGGACGUCGACGCCGACGACGUGUUGAGUCGCCUGUUUAUGCUUCAGGGUAAUCUGAAAGCAAGCAAAGGCUUCCUCAGUAAAGCGGUACAUCGAUAUCCGUGGAAAGCCGAACGGUGGCGAACGCUAGCUGAGUUUCUAUACCGUCAUGCACCGGGCGAUACCUCGACUUUAAAGACCGCCGAUGCGGCAGUCGUCCUUCCAGCCGCCCCGACUUCGGCAGCUCGCUCGUCGGUCAACAUGACACUUGGAUUGACAUCGCUGGCAGCGGGCGAAGCUGGUUCUGGAACUUCUUUGACUACGCAAUCCCGGAAAAGGCAGAGAGCGUUACAGAGGGCCAUUCGAAUAUCGCCUGGAAAUGCAGUGGCGUGGAUAGCGCUUGCAUUGCAAAUACGUGCAGAUGCCGCAGUAGAUGUGAGCGUCUCUGAGAACAAUCCCUCAGAGUCCGUUUUGCGAUUCCGCACGAGGUGUAAGACCGUUCAAAGAAUAGCAGAGCAAGCAGCGAGCGUGGCAACAUUCGAACAACAGGGUAAUUUACUAUCCGGUUCUGUCAAUCAUGCCCAUAGAAGAAGCCAUUUGUCUUCCGCCAUAGCGUGGUCUACGUUAGUGGUGGCGGAAUCAGGGAUUGCCAGAGGGGAAGCUGAUGGCCACACCAUGGACGACUUGCGAAUAGGGACGCAGUUAGCUUCAAAUGUAGUAGAGCAAGGUCAUCCGCGUCUUCAAGGGUACGCUUAUGCCGUGAUUGGCAGGGGAUUGCAGGCCACGGCAGAUGCGGUAGGGGCGACUUUAUCAUACAAGAAGGCCGCUAUUACAGGCUUGGGUUCGGCUCUGGAGGAUUUGGCUCAGCUCUACCAAUCACUGCUUUUACAUCCAGCCUCAGAACUCUGUUAUCGUCAAAGUCUGCUAAUGAAACCAUCGUCUUACCUGCGACUGAGGUUCUCGUCACUAUUGCGAUUGACAAAACUUGCCCUCACAAUAGCCAAUAUUCCCCUGGCAAAUGAAGCAAUAAAUGAAGCCCUGAAGCUCAAUGCUACCUCACUAGCUGGAAGGUGCUUGCAAGCCCUAAUGUACUUCCGAAGUGGAGAAGCGGGGAAAGCGAAUAAAGUUUUGCGGGGACUCGAUCAAGCACAUCCAUACGUCAAAUUGGUGACAGAUUCAUUGGGUUAAGAAUUGUAGAUAUGUUACAAUAUGUGGAAUAAAUAGAUACUACGCUGCAAUAAGGAUGCUAGAUAGGUACUAUAUAGCCAGAAUUGCACCCAGCGAUUAUUUCAAGUCUAUCUCUACGCCGCAAAGUUGACAACCUUCCAUUCCUUCUGCGAGUUUUGAAUUAGCCGGUUGCCCUCCUC